AUGCUGAAAAAGGCCAUUGCUGCAUCCGGGGGCCUGGGAGUGAUUGGAGCGGGGUGUGUAUACAUUCUGAAGGUGAAUUUUCUCAAGAACAUGAUUGACAAAGAUGUAGUGUACAAAUAUAGCCCCAUAGAGAACCGAAGAGAAAUGAUAAACAAAUUAAAAAAGAAUCAAUAUGAUGUUUUAAUAAUCGGAGGAGGAGCCACAGGUGCAGGACUGGCAUUGGAUUGUGCAACAAGAGGAAUAAAAUGUGCUUUGAUAGAAAAAGAUGAUUUUUCAAGUGGUACUUCCUCCAAAUCAACGAAAUUAUUACAUGGAGGUAUACGGUACUUAGAAAAUGCAGUAAAAAAAUUAGAUUUAACAGAAUUAUAUUUUGUAUGGGAAGCUCUAGGGGAGAGAGCUCAUGCAAUGAAAAUCGCUCCAUUUAUGUCAAGAUCGGUACCUAUAAUUAUGCCGAUAUACAAGUAUUGGGAGGUUCCAUAUUUUGCAUAUAAUAUAAAAGUAUAUGAUUUAUUGGCAGACUUAGUCUGUUAUUUUGAUAAAGGUGUACCAAAUUCAAGUUACAUUCGUCAUUCAAAUACUUUGGAUAGUUUUCCAUUGUUGAAAAAAGAGGAAUUAAAAGGUUCUCUAAUAUAUUUCGAUGGGCAACAUAAUGAUAGUAGAAUGAAUUUAAAUCUCAUUUUAACAAGUGCAAUGGAUGAUUAUAUUCCAGGUCAAGUUGGUUCAACUGUGUGUAACCAUAUGGAAGUGAUUGGCUUUUUGAAAGAUGAAGAAAAUAAAAAAAUUAUUGGUGUAAGAGCAUUAGAUAAAAUCAAUAAUAAAGAAAUCGAAAUUUUUGCAAAAAUUUUAAUCAAUGCAACUGGACCUCAUGGAGAUAUGGUAAGAAAACUAGCUGAUGAAAAUGCAAAUCCAAUGAUUCAGUUAUCAUCAGGAUGCCAUUUUAUACUACCGAAAUGGUAUUCAUCAAAAAAUAAUGGAAUGAUUAUACCUAAGACAAGUGACGGACGAGUACUUUUUCUCUUACCAUGGGAAAAUGCAACUAUUGUUGGAACAACAGAUGAAGAAAGAAAAUUUGAAGAAAAUCCAAAAAUACAAACCAAAGAUACGGAAUUCUUAGCAAAUGAAUUGUCAAAAUAUAUCAAUGUAAACCCAGAUGAAAUUAAAAAUGAUAUCCAAGCUGCAUGGUGUGGUUAUAGACCAUUAGUCAUGGAAAAUAAUAAUAAUAAUAAUAAAAACAAAAAUAAGAAGAAUCAUGUGAUCAAUGAAAAAAAUGAUCAAUCUACUGAUAAAUCAUUGAAGAAGGGACAUAUAACUACACACAAAAUAUCUAGGAGUCACGAAAUUAUUGAAGAUGAUAAUGGACUCAUAAGUAUUUUAGGAGGGAAAUGGACUAUAUAUAGAAAAAUGGCACAAGAUACAUUAGAUUAUAUAGCAAAUAAACAUUGUGAUAAGGUAAAAAUGAAAUAUAAUUGUAGAACAAAGUUUUUGAAAAUUAUUGGUAGCUGUGAUAAUCAAGGCAAUCACAAUUUGGAUGAUUUAACAUAUGGUAGUAGUAAGUUGAGUAAAAAUCUUGUCAAAAAAUACAACAAAAUUGACUACGAGACCGCUCACCAUCUUGUCUCUAAUUAUGGAUAUCUCUCCGAAAAAGUAUGUGACCUAGCCAAUGAAUUAAAUCUCUUUAACAAAAUUGAUCCAACAAAACCAUACAUUGAAGCAGAAGUGGUCUAUGCAAGUAGGUAUGAAUUUGCUUCAACCGUUUCGGAUAUCAUUGGGCGAAGGUUCAGGCUAGGUUUCAUUGAUUCUGAUGUAGCCAAUAAAGUUAUCUCAAAAAUUGCAAAUAUUAUGAAGGAUGAACUCAGUUGGUCCCGUGACCAGAUGAACCAAAACGUUCAAGAUGCAAAAGUUUAUAUCAGUUCCUUGUCUCUUGAGUGA